AUGUACUGCACCGUGAGUAUCACUGAUGCGCCCCAGUCAGUGAUUGCAGACCCACUGACCACAGCCGUCACGAGUGGCUCAGUGGACACACUGCUGGAGCUGAUGAAGGCGAGAGGGGGUCUUAGAGAGCAAAGCAUUCUGGGACGUCUCCCAGUGCACUUGGCAGCCAUCCAUGGGCAGGAGGAAUGCCUUAGGAUCUUGCUGACAGCUUGUGAGCUGGAGGACCUAGACGUGGUGGAGCUGUUGCUGAACUACGGAGCAGGGGUGAACAGGGGCUGCUCUCGAGGCUGGACGGCUCUUCAUGAGGCUGUGUGUCGCAACAACGUAGAGAUCUGUGCGAUGCUUUUGAGGGCCGGAGCCAAUCUCAACCAGAGAAACAUUUACGGCAUCACGCCUUUCUUUCUGGCAGCACAGACCGGUAGUGGAGAAGCCUUGACUCUCCUCCUGAACCAUGGUGCUGAUAUGAACUUCCAAGUGAGUGACGGAGCCACUGCCUUGUUUGAGGCCUCCAAGAAUGGACAUGGCAGUGUGGUGAAGCUGCUUCUCGCUCACAAAGCUGAUGCCAACAAGCCAACCAAAACGAAGCUUCUGCCUCUACACGCUGCAGCCCAGCACGGCCAUUUUGAGAUAGUAAACAUGUUGAUCCCAGUCACCAGUGAGGACAGAAUCAGACAAAGUGGCAUCAGUCCGCUUCACCUGGCUGCCCAGCAUGACGAGGAUGAGAUCCUGGAGGUCCUCAUUCAGGCUGGAUAUGAUGUCAACUCCCCGCUCUCUCUGGACCAUUCACAGAAGUACCCGGACUGCCGGACCACGGCUCUGUACUUUUCAGUCACUAACGGCAACUUGGAUGCAGCAGAGAUGCUGUUGGAAGCUGGUGCUGACCCAAACCAAGACACGUUCCAGCCCCUUCUGGUGGCUGUGAGGCAGGGGAACAUCCAGAUGGUGCGACUGCUGGCGGAGCAGGGGGCAGAUGUUAACACCCGGAUGCCUAACUGUCAUCUAACAUUCCCUGCGGUGGUGAUGCUGUGCCUGAGAUUCCCACCAAUGCUGAAGCUCCUGCUGGAUCAUGGCUGCGACGCCCUGGCCUGUUUUCAGUGCCAGUGUGGCUCUAAUUCACACCCACCUGCCAAAGGGCUCUGCAAGGACGACCUUGGUCUCCAGAGGGAGGAGCCCUGCCUGCAGUUCUGUGAGGUGAUCUCUGCCCCCCGAGUCUGCAGCUGGGCGGGCAACACCAUCAACCUCCUCCUGGACUACGUGGGACAGGUGAAGCUCUGUGCCAGACUCACACAACACCUAGACGGCCACCAGGACUGGGCUGGAGUGAAAGACAGGACAAAGAACCCUCCAUCCCUCAAGCAGCUGUGUCGACUGCAGAUCCGUCAGGAGGCUGGACUUCAGAGGCUCGGGCUCCUGCACACCCUGCCUCUUCCCAGAAGACUAAUCAGAUACCUCAGCUAUGAUGAAUGA